AUGUCCCAAGUUAACUUAUUAGAAUUCCAAGAUUAUUUACUUUACAGUGAAUCAUUAAACAUUUUAAUUGAAAGCGAGUUUAGCUCAAUGUCUUUAGACACAACUGCUUUUCAGCCAUCACCAACAAAAGCACCAGAAGCCUCCAUGGAUCUGGGUACAAUUCCCAAAAGAUCUCCAGCAAGAUUGUUUCAAAGGUGGAUAUCAUCAUCAUCAUCAUCAAAAGAUAAGCCAGUAUAUGCAGAAAAAGCCCUUCUCAAGAAGCAAAACAUAGCACCGGAACCAAUAAAAAUAACUAAACAACAAGUACCAGCUAAACAAAUAGGUACAUCUGAACCAUCGUCGCCUCUAAGUGUGGCCUCGAGUCAUGAUAAUUCAUGUUCCGAUUCAAGUGCAGCUUCCAUAUUUUCUGAUUCUAAAAAUAACAAUAGUAUGCAAAUGUUACUCACAGAUGAUAUAGAGGACAUAUUAGAGGACAUAGACGAUGCUGAGAUAUACGAUGCUGAGAAGGUUACCAUAACAUAUAUAAGUUCUAAAUCAUGCUAA